AAUAAUAAUCAGAAAACAGCUGUUUGCUUUCUUCUCCCUUAAGGAAACCACCUGGUGGUAGUUGGAAGAGACAACCUCUGGGAGCUGCCUAGUGGCAGCAAACCCAACUCAUUUCCUUAUUUCCAGUUUUUUAAAGGCCCCGCUCCCUUUUUCUGUUGGUUUGUUAUAAUCCAGAUGGGUGCCUUAUUGGAGAGCUGACGCAGCCGGCAGAGAUCUUCCAUUGGGAGCGCUGUGCGGGGCGGAGUUAGGCCGCUGCUGGGCUCUCUCCUUAGGCCGGGCCGGGCUUUUUUUGCCUUGCAGGUUGGCUGAUGAUUCCCGGGGGUCGGACGCUGCAUUUUAGCAGGCGAGAGCUAGAGGGGAGCAGAGCAAGCUAGAAGACGCCAAUGGCUGCGCCGAACCCAGAGAAAAGCCUCCAGGAUGAAGCCACCUGUUCCAUCUGCCUGGAUUAUUACCAGAACCCGAUGAUGGUCAUCGACUGUGGCCACAACUUCUGCCGGGAUUGCAUUGCCCAGUGCUGUGAAGGCUCCAUUGCCAAUGUGUUCUCCUGUCCGCAAUGCAGAAAACCCUUCCCUUGGCAGAACCUGCGGCCAAACAGGCACCUGUGGAAUAUCGUUGAGCUGGCCAUGCAGUUCAGCAAGCGGCGAGCCAAGGAGUUGGGAGAACAGACACUCUGCAAGAAACACCAGGAGCCGCUGAAGCUCUUCUGCGAAUACGAUCAAACGUCCAUCUGCGUGGUUUGUGACAGGUCCAAGCUGCAUAAAUAUCACAGCGUGAUUCCUAUAGAGGAGGCCGCUCAGGUUUACCAGGUAACGUGA